AUGCCGCAAGGUGAUCUAGAAACGUUAGUCUGCGGCGUUGAUCGGAAAGUCGCGUGCGAAAGUUUAGUCGGCGAUCAUCAUUCACCGCCGGAUAAACCAGAUCUUUCGGAGGAGGCGCCACCUGACUUUCCGGCGGAAUCUUUUCAGAUAAGUAAAGAAGAAGAACUCGAUUGGUUCGAUCGGAACGCGCUCUAUGAGCGGAAAGAGUCUCAUAAAGGGAACUCUAAUCCAAACUCCAACUCCAACUCCAAUUCCCAUUCCCACACCCACUCCCACCCCAUCUCCAAUCACAGUUUGAAUCCCAACCCAUCGUCUCAGAGGUUCUCCUUGAAUUUCACACCCAACACGUCUAUCAUCGGUCUCCCCAAGCCACAGAAAUCCUGUAUCCUUAGCAGCAAGUCCCGGAGGAGCAGUCGACCGCCGCGACCGCCGUUCUUCCCCAAAAGGCCAUCACGCAGCGGGAAGUCCCUUACGGUUGCGGAACCUUCAUCGCCGAAGGUGUCGUGUAUUGGAAGAGUGAAGUCCAUAAAGGAUAAAAGUCUCCGCUCUGCAAGUGCCCGACGGCCGACGGAGGCGGUGACGAUAGCCAAGACUUCCAAGUCCAAACAGGAAAAGAAAACCGGGUUUUGGGCGAACCUCAUGGCGAUUCUGCGGUCCAGUUGCAGGGACGGUUCAAGCGUCGCUGUUGAAGGACGACCAAUGGAAUCUCCUUCGCUGGCAUCGGUGCCCCGUUGGAGCUUUGCAGAAAGAGAGCGUAAGAUUCCGGCGAGUAUGCCAUUGGGCGAGCCGACGGGGUUGGAUGGGAUGAAGCGGUUCUCUUCCGGUCGGAGAUCAGAAUCUUGGGCCGUUAGUGAUUUCGAUUUCGAAGAUUCGUUGCCGGCGGUGGUUGUGGACUCUGACGCACACAGUAUAUGGAGGCGUCGUGAAGUGGACCCACCCAAAAAAAUCGAUUGCGUCCGCGACUGGGAAUGUGAGGGUCCCGCCUCUGUGUGA